AUAUUCUAGAUCCAGAAGCCUGUGAUUGUUCCCCAGUCCAGAAAGGUGUCACCCGAUUGUUAAAUAGAAUAACCGGGCUGCGUACAGGUGACCUCCCAUUACCUGAGCAGCCGAGCCCCUGCCCCACCCCAUGUGACAGAGGGGAGGACACGUUUUGCGUAGGAAGAGGUCACGGUGGGUGAGGGCAAACCUGGAAGUGAGAACCCCGGCAGGGCUGCUACGUCUCGUGGUGUCAGGGAGUCCCCGGACUGCUCCCACCCAACCCAGCAGAGCGGGACACCUGUCCAAACCACAUUGUGGUGGCAAUGAGUGAAUCUGUGGCUACGGAGUGCGAAUGCGGGUCAGAGGAGGAAGAAGACUUCAUGGCAGGCGGAGAUUUGGGAGAAGGUUUUGGGCGGAAACCAGGGGGUCUAUAUGAAGCACUAGAAGGACAGGUGGUCCAUACAUUCAAACUGAGAAAAGGCUCUGAAACCCAGGGCCAUUACUCUCUAAUUAAGAAGGAAGACGAUCUUGCCAUGUCGAGUUCCCACCAUGCUAAACACCGGAUGUCGGAUGAAAAAGUUCCUAAACACGGUACAGAAGGCUAUACCAGGUGCCGGCAAAACAGCAUCGAUGCUGGCUCUGAAAUAUCCAACGAUGAUCUCAGGCAGCGUCUUCAAGAAUUAACAGAGGAGGUAGAUCUUUUAAGAAUUGAGCUUGAGGCCUCUCAGCGACAGCUUGAUGGGAAGGACGAGGCACUGAAGAUCUUACAGAGUAUGGCCGUCUUUGACAAAGCGACAAGCCAUACAAAGGUGAUGCUUCAAAAAGCAGAGGAGCAGCGGCAAUCUUUGGAAAAAGAAAUAAAUGUUUUGCAGUGGGAAAUUGAGUUUGAUCAGGUCAGACUAAAAAACCAAGAAGAGUCUUGGAAGGAGAAGUACGACCGAUUAUCUUGUGAUAACGUAGCACUUAAAGAAACUCUGGAAUUACGGACAAGUGAGGUUAAGGCUCUUAAAUCUGAAAACACGAUUGUAAGCCAACGGUGCCAGGAGCUCCUUGCAAUGCUUGAUGUGAAACAGCAGAAAAUGUUCCAAGAUAACGUACCUCUUGGUAAAAGUAACUUAACAGAGGUUACGGCCCUCGAGCUGGCGGUGCUUGGGGCAUGUACCUGCAGCACGGGCGGAAAUCCCUGUUCCUGCGCCAAAAUGUCAGCAGCAACUCGAAAACAGCUUCUCCAACUCAGGCAAGAGUUUGACAUGGAGAAGAAGAGUAAGGAAGAAGCUUAUAUAAUGGCCGAUGCCUUCCGAAUCGCAUUUGAGCAGCAACUGAAACGCCGGAAUGACGAGACUCUGCCCUUGAAUGACAUAGAAAGGAUCUGUAAGAAAGGAAGCAAGCGGCUUAACAGCUGGAAACAUAUUAAAGAAGAUGGGGUUUUGUUCUCAAGAGAUAAAUAUAAAGGUUUGGGCCAAAAGCUAAAGAGCAUGUUAAUUUCUUCUGCUGACUGUAAAAACUUGGAAUCACAAGAUGACCCUCAAGAGAUCCUCAAAAUACUGAUAGGCUUGCUCAAUGAUAAAGAAGAGGCAUUAGCCCACCAAAGGAAGGUCAGCUACAUGCUUGCACGUACGAUAGAAGACAAAGCGGAGUCUUCAGAGGAGCAACACAAACCAUUUUCUGUCGCGAGAACUGCAAACCACAUCUCAUCAGAAUCUAGACAAAUUGAUCCCUACCCCUGCUUAACAAAUACUGCUACCUCUUGUGCAUGUCCUGGCAAACAAGAGAACAUUAGUGCAUACAGAAACUCUACUAGCUGCAUAGAGACUUCUUUUUCAUCGGUGGUGAAGAACAUCUCUCCUGGGAAUGGACAUCCUGAAGAUACUGAGACUGGUGCUGAUUGGGAGGUAGAAUGUACUAAAGCAGAAACUCCCAAAACAUAGGAUGUAUGAUAAUUUUACAAAUUACGGUUUUUAAUGGGUAUGACUUAUGCACAUAGAAUAAGUACAAUGUACAUAGUACAUUAACAGUCGGUUGCCUAACUUGAUUGGCCAGUAUAUAAACAUUAAUGAAAGAAUCUAUGUAUGUAAAUGGAUGAUGUAAUUGUGAUUUUUACAGUCAAAUGUCUGAUUUUUAAAGAACAAAUAUACAUGUAUUAGUAUUUGUGCCUUUAUUAAAAUUACAUACUU